GAUGCAAGAGCAACUUUAUUUAUAUUCAGAAAAUUUAGAAAUGAAAUAAAUUUGUAUUAUAAAUAAUUAGAUUGGGAAAAGGAUAAAUAAAAAAAAUAAAAUUCAAAAAGCAAACAGAAAAAUUUCAAAAAUAAAGUUAAAAAAACUUAGAAACAGUAGACAUCAAAUAAGAAGACUUAAAAUUAAUAAUAAUAGAUUGAAGAACCUUAAAAGGAAAAUAAUAGAAAGCAAUUAUAAGUUUAAAGGAAAUAAAUAUCAAAAAAGAAAAGUUAAUGAUGUAAACAUUAAAAGCUUAAUAUUAAUUUAAAAAAUAUGUAUAAUAUUAAAAUUUCUCCCAAACAAAAAUCAGAUGACAGAUCUAUAAUGAAUUAAAUAUUGAAGGAAGAAGCAUUUUUCUUGAAUCAGAAGCAAGGCGAUAUUCAUUCUUUUAUUUUAGAUGAUGAUUAAGAUUAGCUACUUAAUAAAUUACUUAACAUUCAUAAGAUGACUAAUAUAGACAAGGAAAACUAUACUAAACAUAUAAGUUAUUGUGUAAGAAAUUUAGGAUAAAAAUCAAUUGAUAAAUUGGCAUUGAUUAUGGAAAAAUAUGUAAUAUUGUCUUAAUAAUUAUUUUAGAAAAAUGAAGAUGAAAGAUUUUAAAUCAUGUUUAUAGAAUAACUUAAUUUAAUAUAUGAAGGAUCUCAUUAAGCUUAAUAACCUGUAAUACAAAUCUUAAGCUUUUUUUUGUUGAAUAGUAUUUUGAAAAUCAAAGAACUUGCAGGUUGUUAAUUGACAAAAAUUGCUCUUCAUUUAUAAGGAGAUGAGAAAGGAAAUUAAUUAUUACCAAUCAUUAUAAAGAUGGCACAUGAUGAUCUUAAUUAAGAUAAUAGAAUAGUGGCUUUGUAAUUAAUGGGAAAGCUGUCAUCAAUGUUUGGAAUCUAAUUAAGUGAAUCUUUUAUUGCAUUUGAAGUAAUGUCUCUAGGAGAAGAUUCAAAAUAAGAUGUAAGAAGAGAAGCAGUAAAUUAAUUACCUUUAGUAGCGAAAGUAGUUGGUAAAGACUUUUUUAAUAAAAAAUUAUUUCCAUUCUAUAUGAAAAGAUGUAAAGAAUCAAAUACUAAAGUAAAAACUGCAUGUGUUGAACAUUUUUUAUAGAUUGUUGAAUUAUCAUCAUAAAAUUAAAAAACUGUUGAUUUAACACCUCAGAUAUUACAAUUCUAGAAGUAAUGAGAUAAUUACAUUUUUAGUGAUUCAAAUAAGUAUAUAAAGGGAGUUGCAUAUAGAUGUUUAGCUAGAUUUAUUGCGGCUAUUGAAAAAGAGAAAAUUGAACCAAAAUUAAUUGAAAAUUACCUUAAAAUGGCUGAUUCAGAUAUUAGAGAAUUACUACCUGAAUAAUAAGUAAUGUUUGCUUGUGCUUAUGGUUUUCCUGCAGUAUUAUAGACAGUUGGAGUUGCAAGAUGGUAAUAAUUGCAUAAAUUAUUUAAUCAUUUAUGGAAAUAAAAAAAUGAAAGAAUUUGUAAAACUUUAGCAGCAAGUCUUCAUGAAAUUGCUAAAAUUAUUGGCGCUGAAAGAGCUGAAAUAGAUUUAUUUCCUAUUUUAGAGAAUAUUUUUGUUAAAGAACCAAACGAUAAUGUCCUAAUGGGUUGUGUUAAAAAUUUAUCGUAAUUUUUAAAAAUAUUUUCUGAUGAAAAAAAAGAAGCUUUUUUGGAAAUAUUUUUUUUUAUUUAAAAAGAUCAAAAAAAAUGGAGAAUUAGAGAAUCUAUUGCUAAUUAAUUAGAUGAAAUGGCUCUUAUAUUUCCAGCAGAUAUUAUAUUUAAAAUGAUUAUGCCUAUUGCAUUUAAGUUAUGUACAGAUAAUGUAGCAUAAGUUAGAAAAAUAGCGUCAUCAAAAAUAUUUUCAUUUUUUUAAGGAAUAAAAAAUUCACCUUUGUCUGAAUAAUAUAAAAUAUGCAUUAUAGAAAGUAUGAUUGGUUUUUAAAAGUCAUCAGUUUUCUACCAAAGAUAAUCGUAAAUAUUAUUUUAUAUAACUUAAGUUUUGUUUAAAUGUGUUCAAAGAUAAUGAAUUUAGAAGAUGACAUUUUUGAGAAAUAUCUUCUUUAACCUUUAUUAGAAUUAGCAUUAGAUAAAGUUUAAAGUGUCAAAUAUAUGUUAUAUAUGGCUUUAGAUAAUCAUUAAAAAAAUUAAGGUAAUUAAUUUAUUUUGAUUUAAAUAGGAAAACUAUCAAAGAAUUAAUAAUUAUUAGAUAUCUAUAAUUCAUUAUAAAAUGACAAAACAAUCAAGUCUCUUAUAAAAUAUACACCAACUAUAGAAACUAAAGUUCAAGAAUCAGAGUCUAAUUAAUAAGAUAAUUCAAUUAAUAAUUAGUAAUCUACAAUUAGUUAGGAACCUUAAUUAGAAGAAAUUGAUGAUGAUGAAAUUCCAUAAAGACAAGUAUAACAGGAACCAGAAAUCUUGAAAUAAUUGAGAGAAGAAAAAUAAUAGUUUAUAAAAAAAUAAGAGGAAUUAUAAUAGGCAUAAUUAUAAAAAGAAUUAGAUGUAAAUAUAGUUGAAGAAGUUUAAGAAUUAUCUUUAAAUGAGAAUUCAGAAGCUAAUCUUUUAGCUGAUUAAAGUACUGAAUUAAUUUAAAAUAAUGAAUCUUAAGAAUUAUAAUAGUUUGAAUAAUUAUAAGGAUAAGGAGAAUAAUAGUAAAAGUAGAAUGAGGGAUUAUAAUUGAAUGAGGAAUAUUAAUAAGGAUCAUAAAAUGAUUAAAAAGAAUUAAAUACUGAAGAAGAUGCUUAAUAACUUUGA